UGAGGAUCUUGUAAACUCAUGGUGACUUCAUUGAUAGAUCAAAGUGUUGACUGGGAAUACAAGUUGUGUUUUUUUACAAGAAACACAGUAAUGAAAAUAAUGAAGCUGAUUGAGGGUUGUGGUGGAAUGGUGAUUAUGUUUUGAGUCAUGGUACCUAUUUUUCUGCAGGUGUAGCAUUACUACUUUCACCCCAUUGUAGAGUUAAUAUUUGAUCUAAAAGUGAAGUAGCGAAAGGACGUUUACAUGCAGAGAGAUUAGAUUUUUUUUCAAAAAUUUGUGAUAUCUUCUUAUAUCAAACUCAAUUUCAAUGGAUGGAAAAAAUAAUUUGAAGCUAUUUGCAAAAUCUAGUAAAUUAUAAAAAGUUAAUGAUUUUCUACUAAUUACAGGACUAUUAGCCAUUCACACCAGUUUCCCAUCCUGUAAAAUAUUUAACUUUUAAGUAACUUGAACAAAGUUUUUUUAGUAUGAAGAGUAAAUGUAUUACUUUGUGUUUAAUCCUACGAUUAAUGCUCAACGUGUUGCUAACAAUGAUUAUUUUUUUGACUUGAAUUAAGUGUUUGAAAGUUAUGUUGUUAAUAUCAUUAAAAAUAAUAUUAUAUUAAUAGUAUUAUAAAUAAAAUAUAUUUUAGUGUUUGCUUGCUUUAUAUGGCAUGUUGUUAUUGUCUGUGUUAGUUAUCUAGUGUAUUUAGAGUUGUCUUUUUAAUGAUUAUUGUUUGUUGACUGUCACCAUAAUUGAGGUUUGUGUGUUUAGUGUUGAGGUCUAAGUGCAUUCAAGGCACACUGUUUGAGUGGUACUUGAUCAGUGUUUUGGGUCUUUGCUCAUAGAGUGUAUGUACAAUGGUUAAAUCUUUAACUUUUUGUUUUAAAAACUUUAAAUUCAUCUACUACUUACCUGUUCAACUGUAUAUUUACUCACCAUUUGUGAAAUAAACCCCCACUGUUGAGUUUUAACAUGUUAUCCGGUGUGAUCAUUACAUCCUAUUUCCAGAACAAUAUAACAUGAAACUUUACAAUUCUUAAAAACUGUGUCUGUACUGUCACUAGAGGGCAGCAUGAUCAUAGUUUUAUUUUGUUUUAAACAUAUUUUCAAUUCCAACCUUGAGACAUGAUUGUGAUUAUGUGUCAGCGUUUACUGAUUGUGAUGGGGUUCAGAUAUUAUCCACAAGGGGACGACACUGACUUUAUUUGAAAUACAUAUUUUCUUCAUUCUUUUCAACGCCUGCAAGAAAGUUCAACCAACCUGUACAAGGUUCAAACAACCUGAAACCACUACAAACUCAUCAUAACUGGUUAGGCACAUUCUGUGACGAAAACAGACAAACCAAGAAGAACAGAGAUACAGAAAGAAAGAUAGAAAAUGAAAUGCCGUAAAACACUACAUCUGAAGUCUGCGUAUGAUCCAAGGUGGUAAAAAAACAAGUUAAGAAGUAAAAGGAAAGAGACAAACAGAUGAUGUUCCUCUCUAACCUGGUCGCUUGUCUUGUUUUGCUGUCGCUUCAAGUCAGUGGAAACUCAAAUGAGUCAGAGCUCGAAUGCAUUACAUCUAUAAAAGUCCCAAGAAACAAGUUGGUUGAAGCUCUUGUUAUGACAGAGUUUAAGAUAAACUGUACAGUAAAUGUACUGAAAUGUCAGGGAAUCCCAAAGAUCUCAUGGUGCAAACUCUAUGGAGAAGACUGUAAAGCCUCAAAUCAAUCAAACUACAAAGAAACUGUAGACUGGAAGAAUUUCACAUAUGGAACUGCAUUCCUGACUUUUUUGAACAUCUCAAUGGAGGAUGCAGGGUUAUACAGAUGUAAAAGCCAGAACUCUGUAAGUCAUUCUAUUAAUGUCACUGUGACAGCAGAUAGGGUGGAUUCAGAUUCAGGCAAUCAAAACAACACAAUAUUGGAUAAUACGAAGGGAGAAGGUUCGCAUUCGCUAUUGCCAUAUGUGUACAUCUGCGGAGGAGUCAUAGGGCUGGUGGUCAUAGUGAUAGCUGUAUCAUUAUUUAUCAUCAAAUGCCAAGGGAAAGGAUCAACAAGAAAUGUGAUGACAAAUACAAAUCAGUGCAUAGAAACACAAAGAAGGGAUCUGAUUACUACUUCUCAUCCUCAUCACAACACUCACCCUCCUUCAGCCCGACUGACCACUGCUGUAUCAUAUGCCAAUGACACACCUGUCAGAGCCGGAUCUCACAGUGACCGUACAUCAGCUGGAAGAGUCUCAGCCAAUACGAUCGAAUCAAAAGGUUGCCGUAAAAAUGUCAGAACCCAAGAAGAAGAAGAUAAUCCUCUAGUGUAUGCUUCUUUGAAUCACCAGGCUAUGUCAAGAGGGCCAAAACGAUCAGUACAGCAAGAAACCGAGCCUUCAGAAUAUGCUGCAAUCCGAUUCCGGUGAUUCGGUACGUUUUCAGUUUACAGGAAUCACUAUAAAGGACACUGUAGGAGGAACAAGUCUCUGAACUUUUGGACAUCUCUGUUUCUUAUGAUAGUAGCUGGAUGCUAUUAUCCCUUUGGUCUCAGAGCUUACAUUGACAUUUACAAAAGAAAUAAAAAAAUGAUUAUAGAUACAAUUUUGCAGAUUGUGUCAGGUGUAACUCUUCAAUAAGAGAACCAUUUUUUUUUUUCAAAAAUGUAUUGCAAAGCUUUAAUGAUUUGAGAUCUUACAAAACAUUAUAAGGUUUUAUAGGUACAUACAAUUUUGUUUGGGUUUAAAUGUAACAUGUUCACACAAAGUACAAACUAUGAAGCCCACAAUAGCAAGAUAACAUUUCCUGUAUGGGGGGAGAGACAGCAACUUACCAGAUAUGAUGGUGGGAUUAUGUACCGCCCACGCUGAAGAGUAAUACAUACGACCUCCUACUCUUAAGUCUGGUUUCACAGACAAGUUUUAGCUAAAACCAGGACAGGACUAGUUAAAUUAAGCAUCUUAAACUGUUUAAGCAUCUUUUACGAACAUACCUUGGAAAACGAUGUUAACGGAUUGUAUCUUAAAACAAAUCAAUGGCACUGGCAUAUUUUAAGAUCUGUACGUGCAAGUUAUUUUCAGUUGAGACAGCUUAACAUGUGUUUUAGUCCAGGACUAGCCUUAAGCCUUGUCUGUGAAACCGGGCGUAUAUGUAUUUAAGGUUGAUAAGUAAGAUACUCCUUUCAUUGUACAGUGUACAUGUGUAAGUUUAUCCAUUUUUUUUAUCACAUCCCACCUGAAUAUUUAUAAUACAAAUGUGUAGAGUAAAUCAGUUUGUGGCUGGGAAAGAG